AUGAUUUUAUUUGCAGUUGAAUUAAGACUAGCAUCCGAUGAUUUUUUGGAACUUGAUGAUGAUACUUCUUUGAAACAUAUCACUGAUGAAUUUACAACAAUAGCACCACUUGAAAGAGGUUUUCCACAAAAUUUUCCAAGGAUAAAGCCAGCGCAUGAAAUUGGUGAAGAAACUUUUAAAUCAACUAAAAAAAGUGCAGAAGAUCUUAAAGAAUUGAAUUCAAGUGAACAAGUGGAGUUUUUGGACACCCAUAACCCUAUUAUAACAAUUGGAGAACAGUUACCAUCACAGGAACCAGCUGAUAACUUCAGCAGAAUUAUUGGUAGUGAAUUGUUAACUACUAUCGACAAUAUCGAUAGUAAAUUUCCGACAAAGAGUACAAAGAUAAUGGUUGGCGAUCCUUUUGCUACUUCAUCAACUAUAAGAGAAGCUGAAGCGAUUAAAACUACAACUAAUAUUUUGGAAAAUGCUGCAACCAAUCCAAGAACAAAAACUGUUAACGAGGAAAGAGAAGAAGAAAAUGAAGAAGAAACAACCUUGAGCACAACAUUCAUAAAUAAUCAAAUGAUGAAAUUAAAUGAAGAUAAGGAACAAACUAAAAAAAUUCCUGAAAAUAUCGCUACUGAAGAGAUAAAUUUUGAGGAAACUGAACCGACAGAAGAGGAAAUUUUGAAAACUUAUGAAACCAAAAAAAUAAAAGUAUUAUCAACGUUACCAACAACUUCUGCAUAUGAUGAUGAAGAUUUAAUCAAUGAUAAUGAUGAUGGUGGUGAUAAUAGCAUAGCUGAAGAAAAUCUUUUUAUUGGUGAUAAAUUUCUUUUCCAUCAGGAUGAAACAAUGAAAGAACUAGCUGAAUUAAGCCCAGAUAACAUAAAAUCGCAUGAAAAAGAAGUCGAUCAAAGAACUGAAAAGCAGCUUUCGUCGCAUUCUCAUACUUCGAAAGAAAGCACUCGAAUUGACAGUACAGUUAUGAAGACGACAGCCGAUUUUCAGUUAGUUGCAUCAACUGAUUCGGAAUUCAGUUUCAUAACUGAGAGCAAAACGGAGACAACUGAGGAGAAAGACGAUUCACUGCUUUCAACAGAUCUCAUAAAAGAGGAAGAAAAUUUCACUUAUCCGACCACUUCAUUACCAAAUAUAUCUGCUGAAAUUUCAUCGGAUAAAAACGAUGAAGAAAAUGAAAAUAUCGAAAAUGGCGAAGAAAUUAAUCAAAACUUUGAAAGCUUCACAAUUACAACAGGUCUAUCAAAAGUUCGAUCGCAUUAUUUGAAUUAA